UUCCUUGCCCUCCCCGAAAUCACCCACACCCUCCUUCCAUUCUCUUCGCCGGAGGAGGCAGAGGAGGAGGAGGAGGAGGAGCUCCACGAGGCGGACGGGGGGCCCAAACCCUAGACCCAUCCCCUCCCACCUCCCCUCUCUCUCCUCCUCUCUUCCUGGCCCCUAAACUCCUAUCCGUCUCCUCUCUCGAUCCCCAAUCCCACGCCUCAAAUGGACGCCCCGAAGCUGCUCAUCCGCCCUGUUCCCCCCCGUCCCUCGCUCCUCUCGCGGAUCUCACCCCCGGCCCACCGCCACCACCGCGGAACUCUCUGGAUUCUCGUUGCCGCCGCCGCGGCCAUGGCGGUCGUCAUCUUUCUCCUCAUCGCCUCCCUUAGCUCCCCUUCCCCUCGAUUCGGGAUCGUCAUCGAUGCUGGGAGCUCCGGGACGCGGAUCCAUGUCUUUGGGUUCAAUGGUGAGAGCGGAAUGAUCCCGUCGAUCGAUUGGGGAUCGACGGCCGUGAUGAGGGUCACCCCGGGGCUGUCGGCUUUCUCUGGGGAGCCGGAACGGGCGAGGGCGUCGCUGGCGGAGCUGCUGGAGUUUGCGAAAGGGAGGGUGGCGAAGGAUCAGUGGGGGAAGACGGACGUUAGGCUAAUGGCGACCGCGGGCUUGAGGAUGCUCCCGGUGGAAGUUAGGGACAGUAUAUUGGAGUCCUGCAGGAUGGUCCUGAGGUCUUCUGGGUUCCGCUUCCAAGACGAUUGGGCCUCUGUGAUACCAGGUUCCGAUGAAGGCAUCUAUGCUUGGGUUGCUGCAAAUUAUGCCCUUAAUACUCUAGGAGGUGAUCCUCAAAAAACCACUGGGAUAAUUGAACUUGGUGGGGCUUCGGCACAGGUGACAUUUGUUUCAAAUGAAGCACUGCCUGCAGAGUUCUUGCAUGUGCUUAAGUUUGGGGAAACCACCUAUAACCUUUACAGCAACAGCUUUCUUCAUUAUGGUCAGAAUGCGGCACAUGAAUCACUUCAGAAAUUGCUUCGCUCAAGAAGCCCAAAAGCAUCUGCAGAAUCUGUGCAGGAGGGACUACUCAUAGAUCCUUGUUCUCCUAAAGGAUAUUCAUAUGUUGGGGAACCAGCUGAUGUUCCCAAUUCAAAGCUGGAACAUCAACCCAUUGGUCAGGCAGGUGGUAACUUUUCAGCGUGUCGAUCUGCCGCAUCAAUGCUGCUACAGAAAGAAAAAGAAAACUGCUUGUAUCAGAAGUGCCACAUGGGUUCAACUUUCAUACCUAAGCUACAAGGGAGCUUCGUAGCAACUGAGAAUUUCUUUUUUACCACAAAGUUCUUUGGGCUGAGUCCAACUUCGUCUCUCUCUGAUUUGAUGUUGGCUGGGGAACAAUUCUGUGGAGAAGAUUGGUCAAAGCUUAAAGAGAAGUAUCAUACUCUGGCUGAGGAAGAUUUGUCACGGUAUUGUUUCUCUUCAGCAUACAUAGUGGCUCUACUGCAUGACAGUCUUGGUAUCACUCUGGAUGAUAGGAGGAUUGAGUUUGCAAAUCAGGUGGGUAACAUCCAAGUAGAAUGGGCAUUGGGAGCCUUCAUCAUGCAGACUAUGGCAACUAGGUCAUACCACUCAGGUUGGAUCACUUCUGUGGUCCAACCUGACUCAUUGGUACUGCUGUUUGUGGCCUCCACACUGCUGAUUUUUGCAGCUUGGCUGGCGUCAAAAUGGAGGAGACCCCAGUUGAAGACCAUAUACGACUUGGAGAAAGGUCGUUACAUAGUAACUCGUGUCAACUGAUGCUAACUGUAACACUUCUGCUGACUCUUGGAGCAUGAUUGGUGUGAAAAUGGAGGAACCCCAAUUGAAGACCAUAAGACUCAGAGAAAGAUCGUUACAUUAUGACUUACAUCAGCUGCUGAUCUCUGCUUAUGGAAAGGUCAUCAAUCAGUGGCAGUGGAAGAGAGCUUACAUCUGUAUUAUUAUAUCAAUUCAUUCUACUGGCAUUCCUGAACUUUUUCAUAGAAUUGUGAAGCUAUAGUUGGGGGCCAUUGAGAUUGUAGAGAGUGUCCCCUGUGUAUCCAUAGAAAAAUAUUGCAGUUGCCUUUCUUUGGCUUGUAUAUCAUGUUCCUUGGUUCUCGAGACAGAUAGUCCUGUGAGAAAUGAGAUAGAUGGUUUCGCGUGAAUUGGAAAUGUAAUUUGACAAUCAGAUUAUGUGAUGGGACAACCUUUUCUUUU